AGCAGGGCCUGCCCGGACAGCGCACCAAGACAAGAACAGUGUUGAUUCAUUUGGGAGGUGAUUCGGCCCAUCCGGAAAAAGAGCCAUUCCAGGCGGGCUCGUUCUGACUCCUGACUGGGUAUUCUCCUGAUUGCAAGUCCCAUCACCGACCGGUCCCCAACUGGCCUUCGUGGGACUUGCUCCCCCACCGCCAGCCUCCCCACCCUCAUCAUGGCCAAGUGCUGCUUGGACUUGGCCAAGUUCCUGCUCUUUUUGGUCAAUCUGGCCGCUUGGGUGUUGUUUGGCACGUUGUUGGCCGGCGGAGUGUUUCUCCUGGUGGAGUCCGAGUCCAUCUUGGGCUUCCCCAUCCAGGCGGAUGUGAGUGCCGAUAACCCGAGCGCGUUGUACUUCAUGCUUCUCCUCAUCGGAUUAGUCGUGUGCGCCUUCUUCUUCGUGUUCACCUUCCUGGGAUGCUGUGGCGCCGCUUGUCAGAAUCGAUGCAUGCUGGGCUCGUUCAUCAUCAUCUUGUUCGUCUUUUUGGGCGCCAAUGUGGGCGCCAUCCUCUUCAUGUAUAGCCACUUCCCUUCGGAAGUGGCCAUGGUCACGGCCGAGCUCCAAAAGACCAUCCCCUACUACGACCCGGUAGCCCACCAGUCCAUGGUGCGCGCCUUCUGGGACGCCGUCCAGCCCAUGUUAGCGUGCUGCGGCGCCGAAUCCUUUCGUGAUUGGGCCUCGGUGCGCGGGCUGAAGCCGGGACGCAAAGUACCCGCCUCGUGCUGUUGGCCCAGUGAGGUAUCUGACUGCGUGUACCAGCCUGAACCCAACAAUGCUUACAUGGCCGGCUGUGUCAGUCAGGUACACGGCCCGUUGGUGGUGCUCUUUUGGGCCAUUCCCGUCUGUCUGGCGCUCAUGGUGAGUCUAGCCCUUUGCGUUUGUCUCCAUGGCGAUCGGCGAACCUCCACGCGUCACGCCAGUGGUGCAUCGUCCAACGGGCGUGGCAUGCGCCGCCGACGAAACAAACGCUCAGACUCGCGUCAAAGUCAGUACUCUGAGGAGACGGGCUACAUCUACCGCGCCCACGAUAGCGCUUACCCUAGUGCACCGCCCUACAAUCCGCAGUUCCGCGACCAUGAGGCGCUUCAGCACUCGGCUGACAGCUAUCCCACCGGCCUCAUUCCGCCCGAGCCGCACGAAUACACCAAACCACUCAUUCAACCCCCGGCCUAUCACGAGGUUAUGGCCCGUCGGAACCAGUUCUAAUCUCCCCUCGGGCCCAAUGAAUGGCUUUGUACCGUGAGAGAUGUUUUCUACCAUAGCUUUCAACUGCCCUCUUGCCCCGCUCAUUAUCUAGGACGACCAUCGUCCAUCGACAUCAAAAAUUUGGAUGCUACGCCAUUCAAACGUGUGCACCAGAUUGAAGGAACAAAAACAACCUUGUGAGUUAACUCACCCACCAUUUGGGUGUGUCACUCAUCUGAUCUACUUCGCAUUUUCUCCUCCUAAAGAGACCUAGGUAUCGCUAUUUUUCUACGCCUGAUUGCAUUCUGGGUAAGCUGCGAUUGGUAGCGCCCUCUUGUAAACAUACCCAAGUGAAGACACGUAAGACCCUCAUGAGACUUCUUUGUGAAUUUUCACAAAUCUCUGUGCUUCAGUACCUUCAGUGCUACUUCUUGGUCGACCAUAUCCGUUCUGUUUUGCUUUCGUUCUUUGUCAAAUAAAAUAACCUUUGGACUUCAAGACCAAA